AUGAGUAAGUCAACGGCUCGUGAUAAAGGACUGCUCGCUGAUCUGAGAGUCACUCAUGUUGUAAACUGCGCCGAGGGACUGCAUCGCAUCAACACAGGCGGCCAGCUCUACUCAGACACGAGUAUAAGUUACUGUGGAGUGCAGGCUUCAGAUCACCCACAGUUUGAUUUGAGCCAGUAUUUCUGCUCCACUGCAUCCUUCAUUAAAGCUGCACUCCCUCAAAAUGGCAAAGUGCUGGUUCACUGUGCGAUGGGAGUGAGCCGCUCCGGAGCCGUGGUCCUGGCCUUCCUCAUGAUGUGCGAGAACCUCACUCUUACGGACGCCAUCAUAGCUGUCAGGUUGAACAGGGACAUCUGUCCCAACUCAGGCUUUCUAGAACAGCUGAGAACUCUGGAUAUCCAAUUAAAGAGAUAAUACACACAAAAAAUAAAGAUUCUGUCAUUUAGUCACAGUCAUAUGUUUUUCAAACCUGUAUAACUGAUCGUCGUAGCUUUUCAAGGUGCAGUCAUAUGGGUACCUUCAAUAGAUAUCGAAAAAGCAUACAUUAUAUGUUUGAUCAUUUCUACUUUUGUAGCAGUCUGGAAAGAUAGGAGGGUGAGUAAAUGAUAUUUUGAAAACGUGAUCACAUCCUUUUAAGAUAACAAAAGCACUGAAAAAUAAAAUGUU